AUGCCGAAGCCCAUGGAUGUGAAGCCGAUCGCCGCCAUUGUGCCGAAGAAUAGGGUCGAGAAGAUCGUGAAAUACGAGUCAUUCAUUGAACGCAACUUUUUGGGCGAAUUCGACAAAGACUUCCUCACGUUUCCCAUACUCCUGAAGACACGACAGGAGUUCCUCGACAUGUCGGACCAGCACGAGAUGGUGCGCCGGCUGUUCGCCCGACUGCCCAAAGACGACGGCACACUCGACUCGCUGGCCCUCCGGUCGCUCCACGAGCUCACGGUCUCGGAGAUGGUGUACGUGUUUGAGGCGAUGGGCGCCGCCCAACAGAGUCGGCUCGCGUUUGGCGGCGUCGGCGCUGAGGAGCGCCGGCGUCUCAAUCCGGACGCCGACGCCCGGUUCGUCUCGUUGCCCGUCAACCAGUUGUCGGCGGAGUUGUCGUCGCUGACGGCCAACAAGUCUAUUGUCGAGCAACUGAUUCCGUUGGUUAUACACAACGCGUUGUCGUACUAUGCGAUCGACAACUCCUCGAACGAGCCCUUACGGCAGGAACUGUUGGCCAGUCGGCCGAAGAUCGGGUUUGCCUACUGCGAGCCCAACGACAACUUGGGAGCCCUUCCGUACGUUCAUUGGGAGAGUCGCGCGAAGUUGACCAACGAUUGCGACGCGUGGCUCGUCAACGGAUCCAAGUCGAGGAUUUUCAAAGACAAUUACGACUACUAUAUGGUGUUCUGUCGGUCGGAGGACUUCCCGGGCGAGCCCACCACCGCCAUCAUCGGCCAGAAGGAUCAGUACGGAAUCGUGACACUACUGGUGCCCAAAGACAUGGUGACCGUCGAGGACGACGGUACCGACAGCUACGGCAUUGAGUACCAGAGGAUCCGUUUCGACGACCUGCUGCUGUCGCGCGACACUCACGAACUCAUCAAAUCCGAGGCGAAGGCCACGACAGCUCUGAACGUGAAGGCCUGCGGACAAGUAGUUUCCGGCGCUAUAGUGUUGGGCGUACUGAAGCAGUUGCUGAGGAAUACGUACGACUAUGUGGUGAACGAGAGGGUGGGCCUCACGGAGUGCGAGAUCACGCAGAAAAUGUUGGCGGAGGCGACGCGCAAGAUAUACGCCAUCGAGUCGAUGACAUACCUGACGGCAGCCAUGUUUGACUCGUUCCAAACGGGCGCCGACUUCUCGCUCGAGUCGAUUGCCGUGAAGACCUUGGCCACGGAGUACGCGUACGACGUGGUGAAGAACUUGCGGUCGAUCUACGGGUCCCGAUAUCUGGUCUCGUCGACUGCUCACGACCUCAUCAACGUCUUCGACUCGUUCCUCGACUGCGCGAUCAAUAAUCGCAUGUAUUUGGCGCUCCGGGGCGUCCGGAAUCAGGGCCAAUGGCGUCACGACAACAUCCGUCGGCUACGGCUCAGCCCCUUAUACCCGGUCUAUAUGCUGAAGCACUACAUCGGCGCCAUUAAGUCCCGGCGCGACAACAUUGACCUCGACUUAGACCUCUGCGGUUUCGUUCACCCGAACCUCAAGCCGGCCGCCGAAUGGCUCGAGUAUUGCCUUAAGAAACUGGACUAUUCUUCCAACGGACUGCUCAUUAGACACGGAAAGCAGAACAUAAUCAACAAACAACAGGAUUUGUAUCGUUUGGCCACCAUUUCGAUGGACGUCUAUAUGAUGACAGCCGUGAUAUCGCGGGCGUCGCACUCAUUGGUAACCGGCCUCCGGAACAGCGAUAUCGAUAAGGAGGUGGCAGUGGCCCUAAGUAUGGACGCCUUUCUCAAUACGACCAAAAUGUUGGACGAGAUGUCGGGCCACGCAGAGACGUCCAACGACUCGCGCAACACAAUGAUCCACAACCGUAACGUCAAAUAUGACGGCUAUUUCGCGAUGCCUACCAUCGAUCGUAUCAUUUAAAUAGUGUUUUUGUUUUGAAAUUUAAUUAAUUUGCCGAUCAAUUAGUCGCACG